AUUCAUCAUUCCUCGUGCUUUCACAUCUGCACUCGACUACCACGGGAUUUCAGCCUCCUGGCGCUCGCUUCAUGCGCUUGAAAAAUGCAAGCAUUCUGGACCAUUUUCGGUUUUGAUCCCAUUUUGGCAUGUUUUUGCCCAGUCAGAAAGCCCAUGGAUGCAUACGAAAACAUAGUCAGCGCUUGCGCUCACUUUUGACAGGCAUCAUUCGCCAUGUGGCUGCAAGCUGUUGCUCGCCGGGGUCACGUCCGCCUGCCCUGCUCACUUUUCAAGUGUCUUCGCGAGGCUCAAGUCGCUCCGCCCCCAAUCGCUCCUUCAUCCUUCUUCUCUACCAUGGCUCCGGCAACGUCGUUCGUGGGUGCUAUCGACCAGGGCACCACUAGCUCGCGCUUCAUCGCGUUCGACCACAGCGGCAACAUCGCAGCCACGCACCAAAUGGAGCACAAGCAGAUCUACCAGCAGCCGGGCUGGUGCGAGCACGAUGCCGAUGAGAUCACACGUAAUGUCGAAACGUGCGUGCGCGAGGCGCUGGCCAAGGGCGGCAUCGAGCUGUCGCAGCUGCAGGCCAUUGGCAUCACCAACCAGCGCGAGACGGCGCUCGUCUGGGACCGUGUCACGGGCAAGCCGCUUUACAACGCCAUCGUCUGGCACGACACGCGUACCACGGAGAUCGUACACCGUCUCAAGAACGGCGAGGGCGAGGGCUUCCUGGGCACGGGUGCCGACCGAUUCCGCUACGUCACGGGCUUGCCAAUCGCCACCUACUUCUCGGCCGUUAAGAUCAUGUGGAUUCUCGAGAACGUGCCUGGCCUACGUGAAAAGGCUGAGGCCGGCGACGCCAUUUUCGGCAAUAUGGACACGUGGCUCAUCUGGAAGCUCAGCGGUGGCGUCGAUGGCGGCGUGCACGUGACCGACGUGACCAACGCUUCGCGCACGAACCUCAUGCGCCUGGAUACGCUUCAGUGGGAUGACGACAUUCUUAAGUGCCUCAGGAUCCCCAAGUCUAUGCUGCCUGCUAUUCGCUCCAGCUCAGAGGUCUACGCGUCGGGCCACAAGAACAGCGUGAUCCCCGGCAUCCCCAUUUCAGGCGACCUGGGCGACCAGCAGGCGGCCCUCUUCGGCCAGACUUGCUUCUCACCUGGCGAGGCCAAGAACACGUACGGCACGGGCUGCUUCUUCAUGAUGAACACGGGCACCAAGCCCACGCCGUCUACCAAGGGCUUGCUCACUACCAUGGGCUACAAGAUCGGCGAUCAACCGGCUGUGUACGCCCUCGAGGGAUCCAUCUCGUACGCUGGCUCGCUCGUGCAGUGGCUGCGUGACAACCUCAAGAUGAUUGAUAGCGCACCCGAGGUCGAGGAGUACGCCAAGCAAGUCAAGGACAACGGCGGCGUAUACCUCGUGCCUGCGUUCUCCGGUCUGUUCGCACCCCGCUGGCGUGACGAUGCACGUGGUGUCAUGGUCGGUCUGACCUCGUACGCCACGCGCGAACACAUUUGCCGCGCUGCUCUGGAGGCCACCGCAUUCCAGACGCAAGAGGUUGUGGCAGCCAUGGAGGGCGACAGUGGCGUGCACCUGACCAAGCUCAAGGUGGACGGCGGCAUGGUGGUGAACCAGACGCUAAUGCAGUUCCAGUCGGACGUGCUGAACGUGCCGGUUGUGCGCCCUGUGGUGGCGGAGACGACGGCCCUGGGUGCUGCAUACGCCGCCGGUCUUGCCGUGGGCUUCUGGAAGACAGUCGAGGAGCUGCGCGAGAACUGGCAGGUGAGCGCCACCUGGAACCCGGACAUGGAGCCCGACACGCGUGGCCACUUCAUCCACCAGUGGAACAAGGCUGUCGAGCGCACGCUCAACUGGGAGGAGCGGGAGUGAAUUGCAGCAGACCCCCGAAGCAGUAGAUUAUAAGGCGACUAGUGCAGAGGUUUUGCAGGCAGUGCUGUAACAAACAAUGUCAAGUGGUGGUGUAUUCAGCUGUGUGUUGAGUGUGGAUCGUUACAGUAACUGGCCUUGGUAGCUACGUAGCAAUUCCAUUGCGUACAUGCAUCGAUGAUGAAGCUCUUGGGAGUCUUAUCUUACGCACUUAUAGUGCGACUACCAAGUUGAAGUUUGUCACAAUCUUCGCC